AAUAAUUAAGUGGCGGCGACGUCAGAGGCUGCAGCCUCAUCUUCUCCGAGUCCAUCGUUCACUGCAGUGCAUACCUAAUUGUAGGUACUGGCACUGCACUGGGACUGCAGCCGGACGACACUUGAUUUGAGCAACAUCCGCUGUUUGCACAGAUACCGCUUCAAUACCACUGCUUGUCUCUUCUUGACUUCAAGUCGAUGCCUAUGUCCUCUGUCUUUCCCGUGCGUACUGCCCUGAUUGCCGGAAAGAUCCCGCUAGACUGCACCAGGAGAAUCAACCUCUGCCACUCCCCUCUACGCCCGCUUCAUCCCCGGAUUUCCCUGUCUACGACUACCGCCUAAGUUUUCGUACCCUCGAGUUGAGCCGCAGUAGAGGACAAGAUUUGCGUUGUAACCUCCCUGUACAGCCGUCAUGUCGUACUAUCAAGGAGACAUGAUCGGCUAUCCGUCGUUUAUGCGCGGCGCGCCUCCUGUGGGCAUGUCCAUGCGUCGCUUCGAUGAGUACUACCGGUGUUACCCGGUGGUGAUGAUGAAUGGCCCAGACCGGAAGAGCGUGAAUUACGGUGGGAAAGUCUUCUUGCCUCCCUCGGCGCUGGACAAGUUGACCAAGUUGCACAUUGCAUAUCCCAUGGUCUUUGAGCUUGUGAACGGAAACGCGGGAAAGAAGACGCAUGCAGGUGUUCUGGAAUUCAUAGCAGAAGAAGGGAGAAUAUACUUGCCGCAAUGGUUAAUGAGAACUCUCGAGCUCGACCCGGGAGAUCUUGUACAGAUCAAAUCGACCGACCUGCCACCCGGAAAGUUUAUCAAACUACAACCUCAGUCACCCGCUUUCCUAGACAUUUCCGACCCCAGAGCUGUACUCGAAAACGCCUUCCGAAAUUUCUCCUGUCUCACCAAAGGCGACGUUUUUACCUUUGAAUACAAUGAUCAAACGUACGAUAUUGCUGUGCUGGAGAUUAGACCGGACACGGAGUCGCAUGCCAUUGUGACAAUGGAAACGGAUCUGGAAGUCGAUUUCGCGCCGCCAGUCGGUUAUGUCCCCCCAGAGCGGACGAGUGGCACCAGCACCCCAAGAAGCGGUGUUGGAAAGCCUCAUGGAGGCCCCAUCCACUUUCAAGGAACAAUGGCCCAGUCGAUCAACUACGCAAGCAUUGCGCCUUCAUCAACGACUGCCGAGGCCGGCGCGCGGGCGGUUUCAUCGAACUUCCUUUAUGGCGGGCACAAACUCAAUUCCAAGAAGGGCUCCAAAGCCCCAACACCGAAUGCUUCUACCCCUGUUGCAGGUGCGUCCACUAAUGCUCCGGCAGCGGCACUCCCGCGUCGCGGUAAUGGACCCCAGCCACUCCGGCUACCACCGAACAAGCUCUUUUUUGGCUUCGAGAUCAAGCCCUUGCGGAAGCGGAAUGAAAAUGGUGAGCCUGUGCCGCCUGAUGAGGUGAAGCCACGGUUCCAGGGACAAGGCCAGACACUGAGAGCCAAGAAGCGGACUGCAGGGACAGAUAGUGGCGUUAACAGCGACGUCGAAACGAAAGCCAAAGGCAAGGCUGGUUCAGGAGGCAAAGGGCGCCCGCCGAGUUGAAGAGGACACUGGCGCGCAUCCACGACCUGUUUUCAACCAGCAUGGGCGGCGACAGGGCCCUUCGAUGAGCAUGCAUUUUGAAGGGGAGAAUGAACCAGCAUCGAUAGCCGUCCAGAAUCAGGCAGCGUGGUCUGAGCAAGCGUGUGUCCGUAGGAAGCUGAAGGUGCUCUCAAGCAGUCGUUCCAGCCUCUACUUCCAGACCUGGCCUGAGCAAUGGCAUGCCAGAUAAAACAAGCAUGGCAAACUCGGAAGCAGUACCAGGGAACCUACCAAAGCAGGUAGCUGACUACCUCCAAUACUACUAGUAGGCGGGGAAGCAUAUUGACAAAGCGAUAGUAAGAUUAAUAACGACGUCCAUCACGGAGACAGCGACAUGACCGCGACAAGAAUUUGCUGUUGCUGUUCGAAUUGGCGACGACUGGCAAGGCUGAGAUUCCAUGACCUGUCCCGGCUACAUACCCAUUACUAUUAGUAAAUACCUAUACUAGUAUUUCAAUCCGGCAAUGGCGCCCUCCGGUAUCUGUUCAGGCGAUUGUCAUUGUGCAGCUUCGGAGGCUGUAGAUACCUUUGUUCACGUUGACCUCGCAUGGAUGCGUUCCAAGUCUUCUCCGGCCAACCCAUCAAAGCCACUCUUCACCAGCUGGUCGAUGGCCUCCUCGAUUGGCACCUCGCCCUCAAUCAAGUCAAACCAGCCCCGUGUGUCGUCUCUUGCCAGGAGGGCAGCGGCAACAGCGGCCACAUCUUCACGAGGGACACUCCCGCGGGCAGGCGUCUUGCCCAGAGUAACUCGGCGUGUUCCGGGCGCAUCCGUCAACGUCCCCGGUCGGAGGUUGAUGGCUUGGAACUUCCUAUCGCCACUGUCCCAGCGCUUCUUCGCCAAAGCCUCAAGGUGCUCGUCGGCCUCCACUUUGGCCUGGUAGUAGUGCGGAAGAACAUUGUGAUUGACGUGGUCUGCCGCCUUUCUGUCCUCGUCCGUCCACCAGGGCGCAUAGCCUCGACGAGAGGCGAUGUAGGAAACCAUGAGGAACUUCGAAAUGCUGGGUGUUGCCAGCGAAGCACUUAUGUACGCCUUGGCCGCAAUCAUGUCAACAGCCCGGGUCCGGGAGGGGCCUCCUUUUCCGCCGGCACCUAAAAGUCUCGUCAAAAAGACAAAUCAGGGAGUAUUGCGCUCCGUGACACUCCUACCGGCAGACCACACCACAAUGUCCGGGUUGACCUUGUCCAGCACCCGUUGGGCUUGAGCUGGUUCCUGGACAUCUUCCAGACUAUCCACUAGCACGUCGAUUUUACCGGGCUUAUCUUUUCCCAGAGCGAGGAUCUCGGCCUCAUGCUCGGGAUUCCGCACCAGGCUGGUGACGUGCCAACUCUUUGCGAGCAACAUCGGCUGCAGAAGAAGAGAGACUUUCCCAUGGCCGCCCAGGACCAGGACCCUUGGAGCGGAAGUUGCCAUCUCUGAGUGUGGCCGCAAGUCACUGCAGCGAGCUGUGUCUGUAUUGUCAAUCUCAAGUCUGACCAAAGUUCGCAUCAAGACCACAGAGACAAACAGACAGCCGAUGCCUCCGGGAAGGGGGGUGGGUUAAUUCACAUGCUGAUGGUGCAAUAAGGGACGUCACCCGCCGGACUUCUUCCGUUCGAGAUCAAAGUUGUGCUUCGAGUCCAUACGAUCCAUCGUAGCACAUCAACCGUCGGUUUUCCGCAGUGCUACAAGCUACCUAUGUAUUCCUGCGUACCCCUAAAGGUGGUCCCCAUUCCGCUGAUACUCUACGUUGCUGGCAGAUGCUUUUGUCAACUUCGAACAGCCCCC